UCCUCUCUGGCACACAAGGGAUCUCCGGAGACCUUGGGGAUCAGGAGGUCUUAGUCUCUGCGCUCCCCCUCCCCCAGUUCUCCCGCCUCCUGGGCAGUGUAGAACUCCAUCCAUCGCCCUUCUACAGUGCCCUCCCGCCGUUCCGCGGCACCAGGGGCCCCGCUCUCCGUACCUGUGCACAAGGUGCUGAGAAAGAGCCACACGAAGACGACCGUGCCCCAGCCCGGGGUGGCCGGGCAGGAGCCCAGCCGCCCCCAGAAAAGCCGGCGGGCCAAAGGCGCCAUCUCGCCGGUCUGGGCGCGUCGGGCCCGCGCGUCCCCUCCCAGGAUUUUAACUAGAGGAAACAUCGUGGACGAAGAGCACGCUUCCAGCUUUCGGGGAGAAACUUGCUUGACCCACUGUGGAUCUCUGAGCCACUCCACCCCCCGUGGCUUUGGGGAAUGGAUCGACCCAGACAUUUGAGUUUUUGACUCAACAGCCUACACUAAGCUAUUUGAUGACAUGAACUGAAUUGGACUUCUGGAAGUGCAGUGGAUCAAGGUCCAUUCCACUGCUCAGGGCUGAUGCCUGAGUUCUGUGGGUGACUUCACAAUGCCCCGAUGGUUCCCAGCCUCCUUCUGUAGUCUGUAGGUGGCCAUGUUGGCCACCUUGUGGCUGCUUAGCCUUUCUCUCCCCACUUCAUGGGCCCAGAUAUUAGUCAGCUGUGCCUACAAGAGUCUCUGCCAGCAGGCCCUGCUCUCAGGCAAUGAUGUUGUCCUGCAGUGUGACCAUCUCAAGGCACGCUGGUACUUCUCUUCCAUUCUGGGGGAGGAUCUCUUGUUGCUCUCCUCAGUGCCUAACAUAAAGAAACUGCCUGGGGGCAGCCUCCAGUUGACCAACCCUCAGCCCUCCCAGACAGGCCUCUAUCACUGUGAGGACAAUGACAAUGCCCUCGUGGUAGAGUAUGAGAUUGAUUUCCAAGAUGUCACUACCUUACAUAUUAUGCACAAAGGCCUGGGCCAAGAGCCCCUGCAGAAUGAGACCCUGAGUCUGGGUGGCAAGCAGCUCAUCUUCACCCACUGGGAGCCCUGGCAGGACUGUAACAGCUGUGGGGAGCCAGGUGAGCGCAAACGCCUGGGGUACUGCUACAUCGAGGAGCCCCUGGAAACGCCCAUGCCCUGCUGGCUCUAUCUGCAAGAAGAGAAGGUGCAGUACAGACGCAUAUGGCCUGAGAUGCAGGUGGAAGCCUACCUUAUACCCUGCGACCACAUCAAGUAAAUCAACCAGCCGUACUUUGCCUUUGACAUUUCCCAGUUGGGCAAGUUGACCAACAACAUGUGGCUCACCUGCCCCUUGGCCUCCAGGUGACUGGACCUGCCUUUAACCCUCACCCAGGCUCUGUUUCCUGUGCCUACCUGGGCCAGGGGGUUACCUUCCAAUAGAAAAGCAGGGUCUGUCUCCCAGCCCAUAAGCUUUCAAGGUCAAUCUGUGCAGGAAGGGGUCUCUUCAUGGGCUUGUUCGGAUGUUCAUUCAGCAAGAAUUCCUGGCUGCCCCUUCUGAGCCAAACCCCAGGUAGGUGAUGUUGGGGACACAGUGGUGACCAACAAAGACCUAGUCCCUGCCCUUCUAGACUCCUGAUAUUCAGAGUAGGCCAAAUGUAAAAGCUAGAGACCAAGACAUUCCAGCCCAUGUUCAUGCCAACAUAGACUUUAGUGUGAUUUGUGUCUCCUCACUCGACUCUGACUGAUACGAUUUAUCUAUCCAUCCUUGUACCAAUG